AUGACGAACAUCUGCAAAAAUCUUGAGACAUGGCGUGACCAGCGUCUCGGACAUGGCCAUGUUUCCGAUCGAGAAGAUGAAGCGAAUGCGUGGGCGAGUUGGACUACCUGGACGAAAAGGAUUACCGAACAUUCGCACCGCCGGCUGUCCAGCAACGGAAGUAGGGAGUGUGCACAGCUGUAUACUGCCAAUGGCCGAAGAGUCUUUGUUGAAGGGUCCGGAAGACGCGCGAAGUUGGGUGCAGAGCCGGAUCGCCGAUGGAUCCGACUACAUCAAGACUACCUUAUUGCAGAUAUUCCCGGUCCGGAUCAAGCUACGAUGGAUGCCAUAGUUUUGGAAGCGCACAAGCACCAAAAGAGGGUGGUGACGUAUGCUGCUUCCUAUGCACCCUUCACAAUGGCGCUCAAUGCUGGCGUCGAUGUCAUCACGCAUCUUCCGCUCGACAAAGCCGUGGAUUUGAACAUGGCAAACCGCAUGCUUGUUGGUAAGAUGAUCUCCGUGCCGAUGUUGUGCAUGAUGCACGAAACGACCGAGAAGCUACCGUUGAGCAGCAUGGCUCCGCUUCUGCUGAAGCCCACCGUAGUAUUAGCAAUCGUUCGAAACAGCAGAAAUGGUAUUGGCAAGCAGACGUAUGUGAACGCAAGAGAAUCAACCACCGCCCUCCAUCAAGCCGGCGUGCCGAUACUGGCGGGUACAGACUGUUACGAAGAGCCAAACUCUCCCUUCGACGUUGAGCAUGGCGUAUCGAUGCAUAGAGCGCUUGACUACUGGUAG